GUCUGUGACCUGAAGCUGGAGUUCGACCAGGGCCGCGUCGUGAAUGUGGUGACCGUGGCGAUGGAGGACGGCGUGGGCGGGUGGCUCUACCUGGCGGUGCAGGCGCUGAACUUCCAGUGCCGCAUGGGAGGCGAGCGUCCUCCGUUGAAGGGGGGCAGCGCCCGCCGCUUCUUCGGCCCUGCCAGCCUGGUGCAGGUGAAGGCUCCGCGGCACCUGGCGCGGAGCGUGUGCGCUUUCCUGGAGCAGUGCAACGACAAGGCGCCGAUGCUGGAGUGGGGGUCGGAGCUCAAGUCCUCGGCGGCCAGCCGCGCAGGUGAGCUGGAGAACCCCGAGUGGAUCCACAAGAACCCUGAAGACCUGGGUGAGAUGCCGAAGACUCCCCGCGUCUGGGCGGAGGGCGCCGGGUGGGAGCUCAUUGCCGCCGAGCUGGUGGACCGCGGGAUCCUGGUGCCUAUCGAGGAGGAGUGUAUUGCGCAGGUGAGAGGGGGGCGUGUGCUGGGCGGCCUCUUUGGGGCCCGCAAGUCAGGGCGCGGCAAGGGCCAGGGUCCGCGGCGCCUCGUGAUGAACAUCUUCCCUAACAGCUGGCUGCAGGAGACCAUCGAGGGCGACGUGGGCCUCCUGCCGACGACGGACAAGUGGGAGAGCCUCAUUCUAAGGAAUGGCGAGGUGCUCCUGACCUCGUCGGAGGACCUGAAGUGCUGCUUCUACGUGUGCCGCCUGCCCGUGGUCUGGCACAGGUACAUGGCCUUGUCCAAGCCCGUCAGGCGUGCUGCGUUGGGCCUGGCAGGGAGUGGCAGCGUGUUCGUGGCGGCGGCGGUGACCCCCAUGGGCCGGGUCUCGGCGACGGGGAUCAUCCAGCACAUCCACAGGAGGCAGUUGCGCGAGUGGGUCCCAGGUGUCGAGCCUCUGCCGGUGGAGCAGGCCCACUUGAGGGGAGCUCCGCACUUGCUCAAGGACAUUGGUGAGCUGUCGGGCUGCCGCCUCAUCUGUCACUGCAGGCCAGAUCAGGUGUGCAUCGACAACCUCGACCUCCUGGAUGUCGCGGAUGAGGUGGCGCUGGCAGUCCUUCAGAGUGCAGGGCCCCCUGAGGCUGUGCCGUUGGCUAGGGCGCGAUGCGAUGCCCGCGGCGUCCCUCCCUGCCGGGAUCAGUCUGUGAGCCGCUCGCUGAAGAGCCAGGCCUUCGGCGAGCCCGUGGGCGGCGACCUAGGUAUGAUCAGCCCCCCCAAGGACUUCGCCUGCAAGCUGGUGGGCCUGAGCCUCUUUUCGCUGGACCGCGAGAAGGUGGCGCAGAGGUGGCUGCAGGUGCUUGCAGGCCGCUGGGUGCGAGCUAUGAUGUUCCGCAGGAAGACGAUGUCGGCCUUCGACCAUCCGUGGCGGGCCGUGGUGCGCAGGAAAGGCGAGCGCCGCCUGCCUAGCCCCGUCUUCAGGGAGAUCCUGAUCGCGCUGGGGCUCUUGCCAUUCAUGAGGUGCGACCUGCGGUCUCCUGUCAGCGGCGUGAUGACGGUGUCGGAUGCCAGUGAGCAGUGGGGUGCCGUGUGCCGAGCCGUGCGACUUCUCCCCCGCAGGGUUGCGGCCGCGCGGGCGGCUCGGUCUAAGCGCGGGGGCCGGCUGCAGGAUGAGGGCGUGCUGUCGUCUCUGUUCGGCGGCAUAGGCGGCAUCAGGCGAGCUCUCGACAUGCUGGGCUUGAGCGUCGCAGUGUACGCCACGUCCGAGACCGACGUGGAGGCGUGCCGGGUGGCGCGGUAUGCUUGGCCUGAUAUGAUGGAACUCGGCGACGUGCAGCAGCUGGGGGAGAAGGGCGCGAGGAGGAUCCGACAUCGUGCUCCCCAUGCGCGCUGGGUCAUCCUCGGCGCAGGCGCCCCCUGCGUGGACCUGACUCGUCUCGGCGUGGACAGGCGCGGGCUGCGCGGCACGCGGUCUGGCCUCUUCUUCGAGAUCUUGCUGGUGCAGGCCCUGGUGCGUCGCGUGUUCCCCGCCGAGGUGCAGCUGUUCAACUUGGCCGACAACGUAUCUUCCAUGGGGGCCCUGGAUAGACAUGUCAUGUCGCAGGCGCUGGGGCUGCAGCCCGUGGUGAUCGAGGCGGCCAACAUCUUGCAUGCUCGGCGAGAGAGGCUGUGCUGGUGCGACUGGGCCCACAUGACUCAGUGGCAGGGCGCUGUGAACGAGUCGGAGGAGGUCAGGAGGGUGGUGAUCCCAGGUGGUGCGGGCGAUCUCAAGCGGUGGCUUCGUGCGGGCCGUCACUGGUGUGGCGCAGAGUGCGAGGAGCAGAGGCUGCCGACCUUCGUCCGUUGCAUCCCGACGGCGUGCGCGGGCUCUAAGCCCAAGGGUUUGCACCAGUGUUCGGAGGAGGAGUUGGCGCGCUGGCGCGCCCACGAGUACUGCUAUGCCCCGUACCAGUUCCGAGAUGUCGAGAUGUUCACUGCUUGCGCUGGGGUGGCGGUGACUUGGGGCCUGCUGAUUCCUUUGAGCGGGAGAUGCUGA